AUUGCCACAGCCAAGGGGCUCCCACAUAUCUGCACGCACUUAAAUACAAAGGCCGGAAGGGUCGGACCACCAUCCAGGUACUCUUAGUUCUCCCUCCCUCUCCUCCUUCACCCCCAAGUCUUUCCCACGACCGCCCUCCUCCACCUCUAGCUGACCAUGGAAUCUGAGGCAGAGAAAACAUUCCAUCGGUUCGCCGCCUUCGGAGAAUCAUCAAGCAGUGGCACUGAAAUGAACAACAAGAACUUCUCCAAGCUGUGCAAAGACUGUGGCAUCAUGGAUGGCAAGGCGGUCACCUCCACGGAUGUGGACAUCGUGUUCAGCAAAGUCAAGGCCAAGAACGCCCGGACCAUCACAUUUCAACAGUUCAAAGAGGCAAUGAAGGAACUGGGCCAGAAGCGCUUCAAGGGGAAGAGCCCGGAUGAAGUCCUAGAGAACAUUUACGGACUCAUGGGGGGCAAGGACCCAGCCACCGCUGGCACUACUAAAGCAACAGCAGUGGGUGCAGUGGACCGUUUGACAGACACCAGCAAGUACACCGGCACCCACAAGGAGCGCUUUGAUGAGAGCGGCAAGGGCAAGGGCAUUGCGGGACGGGAAGAGACGACUGACAACACCGGCUACGUGAGUGGCUACAAGGGUGCUGGCACCUAUGAUAAGAAGACCAAGUAGAGAGGAGCUUCAUCUUAGCCUGCUAGCCCCCUAAUCCUGCAUGUUUAACACCAGGGAGCUUGAAAAACAAUAAACAUCUGCGUGUGUGCAGCA